AUGAAUAGCAGAAGCAAGUGCGGGCCUCGUUUUGCGACUAUGGAAAUGGAGGCUGAUUUUUCAAGCCAGUUCAUUCUUGAAGGGAGUGGUCACCCAAAUUCCAACUCUCUCCCUAAUGCGCUUUUGCGUAAGGACCUCUCCUUGAAGCAGUGGGAAGAUACUAACGAAACUGAGAUGGAUUUCGACUUAUAUAGCAUUGACCGGGACAAUGACCUGAGGCCAGAAACGUACGUGUCAGAUGUCUAUGAGGUCAGGAAUACGAACCCCAUCGUCGAAGAGUUUGUGACAGAACAGAUGAGAGUCAAGGGUAGACCUUCAAGUCUGCUGAGGUUCGGAUGUAACCAAACAAAGCUUUUUGACAUGCACGCUUCUAUAGGAAACUCUCAUAUCAGGAAACCUUCGGGAGCGAUCAAACCUGAGUCGAUCCUGAUCGUGAAAGACCAAGAACCGCGAUAUCUUGAAGAAGAUUCACAUUCAGACUGGGACCAAGAUAUACCUAUAGAUAACCCUGUUGUCUUGGAAGGGUUUUUGCGAUGCUGGGAAGCGUGCGGUAUUCCCGACUUUGAGUUUGAUGCGGAAGAUAUGAUCAUGACAGUACAGAAAUUGAGUUACGGCAUUCUCCAAGCACUUGCCAACCAGGGAACCGUAAACAGGCUGGUAAAGGCACAACAGUUCAGCGAGAUCACUGAAGACUUCGAAGAGUGUUGGAUUGAUCUCCUAGAGGCGUUAGAAUUGGAAGAUACAGUCAAGUGUAUGGAAGCAGACUUAGCCCACCAAACUUCAAUCACCGCAGAGAAGGAGAAGCGCAUCCAAAGUUUGGAGAACCAAGUCAGAGGAUUAGAAAGACAGCUUGAAACCCAAGUGGAGCUAAAACAAGAGAACAAAGAUUUGAGGGCAGCUGUAGAGCAUAAUACCAAGAUGUUCCAGGAGCUAAAUGAAAAGUACAGAGACGUUUCUUUGAAACUAAACGUAGUGCAAAUGAACAAUGACGAAGUAUCUAUUAAACACGAUGUGCUGAUGAAUGAAAAUGCAGAGCUCAGACAUGAGAUCAGAACUUGUAGGGGAACAGUGAAAGAUCGCGAGAGCCAGAUUAAGCAGCUAGAAAGAACAAUGUCGAAUGACAGCCGCGAAGCAAAAAAGGAAUUGGAGACUAGCAAGACCCAGUGUAACCAAAUGGCCUUUGAAUACAAAAACGCGGAAAUGAAUUGGAAACAUAGACAGUCUAUGCUCUUAAGUGAUCUAGAAGAAAAGUCUGCAUUGGCAGAAGCUUUUAAUCAAGAGCUGGAAAGAGCAAAGAAUGAAAUAGAAGGCUUCAAAAACCAAAACAUUGUGUCCGAAGCUAGUUUAAAUGCUGCAAAAGAAUACAUUGAAGAGUUGGAGCUUCAAAAUAAGGAGCUUAACCAGAGAAUUUCGAAACUUUGCUUGCAAGUUGAGGGCUUGGUAGAGUUCAAAAACAAGGCUAAAGCCAAGGUAGCGUUGUUAAAAGAUGCAAAGAGGGAAUCUAAACAACAAAACAAGAAAAAUGCACGACUUAUUGCUGCAUUAGAAUCAAGGGUCGAAGAGCUUGCCACACUUUCUGAGGUCAAAGAGAAUGACAACAAACAGCUUUUUCAAGAGCUACAACAAUACAAAAAAUCACUGCAUGGGGCGAAAGUCCAAACUCCAUCUGUGCUUUCACCCCUUAAACACAAGAACGCGCAUAAUCGCAGAUCAUUACAACUCUCAGAUAGGAGAAUUGGUGCCUUUUGA